AUGCCUCAACCGAGCUUCUUCCAGCGGCUCCAGACUGUCGGCAUUCUUUCUCUGUCCGCCCUCUUCAUCGGUGGCAUCGUCUUGAUCCUCGUCGGAAUUAAUGCCGUUGCCGAUAUUAAAAAGGAUGGAGAAAUCGGAUACUCACGACCUGCGGGUCAGGUUCGCUUCAGCAUCGGCUACGACCUGAGCAUGCAAGUCUGGAUCGCCAUCAUUGGUGUCGCCUUUGGAUUGCUCUCUUUUGGAUUCAGCGAGACGUAUAUCCAUUUCUUUGACUCAUGGUGCAGUCGACAGUCUCAACAGGGCACCGGACUCGACUAUGCCCGAUAUCUCAAUUCGCAGCCACGAGCACCUGUCCGAUACGGCCUCAGAGGAUUCCCAUACUUGCUCACGCUGCGAUAUCUUCUCAUGAUCAUGGGAAUCUUUGCUUCCAUCGCCUACAAAUUCGUCAUUGUCAGCCCCGACGUCUUCAUGUACGAGAGCCUUGACAAGGAAGCCGUCAGGUUCAAAAAGCCUCGUCUAUCUAUGGAGGGUGGUAAUGCUGACGAAACAUUGGACAACGACCUCAAUCCCUGGAUCAGCGACUUUCCGCGAGGCGCAGGGAUCAAUCGAGCGUUUCUACAUCAAUAUGAGACCUAUUUGAAACCACCUCAAAGCAUCAUCAUGACUGGACGGGCGGCUUGUUCCAGCUCGAAAUCCGGUUACAUCUUUUACCCCGAUGACAGUGGAUAUCUCUUGACACGCGAGAUGGUCAUGGUGGCCAAAAUGACGGAGGAAGAGGGUGACUUUUUCAUCACGCAAGACACCAACGGCUGGCAACGAAUCGAGACAUCGACAGAGGACUUGUUUGAUCCGCCGCAAAGGGCUAUUCUGGAAUACAAAGUUGUCGAGCCGGGGAAUCUUCAGGUCCAGUGGGCGCGACGAAACCAUUCCUCCGACACUUUCCGUGAACCCGUGGUGCAGCGUGUAACGUACAAGAUGCACUACGCCGUGGCCCAGGUCGACAGAUAUGUCAGGGGUACAGACUGUUCUCGUCUCACGAGCGUGGACAGCCCCAAUUUCCGCGUCUUGUCUGCGAGCAACGAUAGCAUUGUGGACACGCUCUCGAAAACGAGUUCCGUCAGCAAGGAGGAUCUUGAAAAGUCACUCGACGCAGAGGGUAUUCUGCCAUACUACAGCGCCUGGAUAGAGGCCCUGGUGAAUAGCCCGGAUACAUCACUAGUCAAAAGCGUCAGUGGUAUCGUGCGAGGCGUCAUGUCGUCGUAUCAGUCCUUGCGGCCACGGCAUUGGCAUAUCAACAAGGGCGAGGAACCGUUUGGGUCAGAGGACACAACAGAGAUGGCUAAAGAGUAUCCGCAUGCCCAGUAUCCAUUCUACGUCGGAUGGCGUGCAGAGAAGAACACGGGAUGCUACGUCUUUGCUGCGGCCAUCUUUAUCAUACUCGGCCUAUUUGCUGUCCUGACUGGAGCAUUCCGCAUAUGGCUCGGGCCGCCUACUCUUACAUCCUGGAUGGGACAGCAUGUAUACCUUGCUCAGACCAAUGCAAUGAAUCUAUCAGACAAGUCAGCGGGCUUAGCCACGGGGCACCAGGUUGCUGACCCUGGUAUCGGGAGACUCAGGUUAUCAACAAAAGGCGAGCAGGCAGAAACGGAUGCCAUACUGCAACUCAACGUACUGGCUAGCUGA